CAAUAUUUAAUGGAGAUACAGAGAAUUCUUUAAUACGGAAAAACGUAUUUCUUCGAAAUAUAUAAGUGGGACUCUAUUUUAUUGAGUAAAUAUGGGAAAUACAGAGAGUAAUGUAACAAGUGGUGUAAAGAAGCAAGCUGGAACGUCUGAACAGAAGUUGUAUAAACUGAUUGAUCUGAAAGGUGGCGGACUCCUAGUGGAUAUGAUGAAACGUGCAGUACAAAAUAAACAAUACGCGGAGAUUGAUCACGCUAUAAAAACAAAAGUAGAGCCAUUUUUGUAUAAUAAGGGUAAAGGCAGGUACAUACCAAUAUCACAUCUUGUACUACUUAGGAACAAGGAAAGACCAAGGCAUAAACUGUUACCUCCACUAAGGCAUAUGGAGAACCCUGACGAAGAAUUUGAUAUAGAGAAAGAUUGGCCUGUAGUGACACGAGAGGAGUACGAUGCAAAUCCUACUGGUUAUAGAGAACUAUGCUGGGAUUUAAAGGAGCGCGGUGCCGUGGGUGAGACAAUUCUGCACCUUUGUUUGCUGAACGCUACAUCGCUGUUGGCUGAUUUAGCUAAAAGGCUGCUUCGCUUCUAUCCAAAGAUGAUCAACGACAUCUAUAUGAGUGAUGAAUAUUAUGGCGAAAGUGUGCUUCACAUGACGAUAGUGAACGAGGAUCCGACAAUGGUGAAGUUCCUUCUAGAUGCAGGGGCAGAUUACCAUGAACGUUGUUUUGGCAAUUUCAUGUGCCCCGAGGAUCAGAAGGCGUCUCGGUCGGAUUCAUUUGAUCACGAAUGGGUCAAUGUUCAACCGGAUACUAAUUAUGAAGGAUAUGUAUAUUGGGGGGAGUACCCAUUAAGUUUUGCAGCUUGCCUCGCUCAGGAAGAGAGCUAUAGACUUAUCUUGGCCCGAGGAGCAGAUCCUGAUAAGCAAGAUACAAAUGGAAAUACUGUUUUGCAUAUGUUGGUUAUUUAUGACAAAGUGAAUACAUUUGACAUGGCAUACGAAGUAGGUGCUUCUCUAAACAUCAGGAAUGUUCGUAACCUUACACCUUUGACGCUAGCAGCAAAACUGGCUAGGACAGAACUCUUCUUUCACAUCCUGAAUAUAGAAAGAGAAAUCUAUUGGCAAAUUGGUGCUACGACUUGCGCUGCUUACCCUUUGGGGCAAGUCGACACUAUUGAUACUGAAACGGGACUAAUCAGUAAGGAUUCAGCAUUGAAUUUGGUUGUGUUUGGGGAAAAAGAUGAGCAUCUGGAACUUCUUGAGGGAAUGCUAAUUGAUCUUCUAAAGACCAAAUGGAACACCUUCGUGAAGUUUCGUUUCUACCGCCAGUUCAUACUCUUCGCUUGCUAUUUCCUUGUAUCUCUCGUUUGUUUUACUUUGAGACCAGGACCACCUGACAAAGUUACUACUAAUACCACUGUUAUUAAUACUACAGUAGCAACUGUUGCUAACGAAAUAGAAAUAGCUAUGGAUGUUGAUAAUUGUUCGAUAGCUCAUAGUGCAAUAGACCGUAAUGUAGAAGUCUUCAAUGGAACAAAACCGAAUAGCAAUCGUUGUGGGCAUUUUAAAAGUCACCCGAAAGAGAAAGACAAGCCCACAGAACCUCCCAGAGAGACAGACAUGGAGGGAUGGUGGGAAGAUCUCACUGAAGAUUGUAGGUUGAUGAACUUUGAUACUUGGCAAGCGAAGGUUAGAAUCUGUACAGAAUUGUUAUUAUGGUUUGGAGCUUUAAUUUACAUUGGGGCUGCUUUGCGCGAAGCCAGGUUUCUUGGUCUGAAGAUGUUUUUUGAGAACCUCAGUACUGUACCAUCAAGGGUGAUGUUCCUAUUCUCGUGUAUUUUGAUGGUGGUGUUGCCAACACUGCGGCUGUGGUGCGCGGACGAGGCGGAAGACCACCUCGCUGUUAUUAUCAUGCUCACUACAGCUCCGUACUUCUUGUUCUUUUGUCGAGGGUUCAAAACAGUCGGACCAUUCGUCGUGAUGAUAUACAGGAUGGUGAUGGGAGACUUGUUGCGUUUCGUUUGCAUUUAUCUUGUGUUUGUUAUGGGAUUCUCCCAAGCGUACUAUAUCAUAUUUCUAUCAUUCGACAACCCUAACACACCAGAGGGAGUGGACGACUCGGUAUCGAACCCUAUGCCUUCGCCAAUGGAGAGUAUAAUGGCAAUGUUCCUCAUGUCUCUGACGUCUUUCUCUGAUUACUUCGCGGCGUUUGAUAGAACUGCGCAUGAAGUAGAGGCUAAGCUUCUAUUCGUAAUCUACAUGAUAUUAGUAGCAGUGUUACUAGUAAACAUGCUGAUCGCCAUGAUGGGUAACACGUAUCAGAAGAUCGCAGAGACCCGUAACGAGUGGCAACGACAAUGGGCUCGGAUCGUCCUAGUGGUGGAGAGGGGGGUGCCACCCGCGCAGAGGUUGAAGCAGUUGAUGACGUACAGCCAGCCGAUGGCCAAUGGGAAACGGGCUUUAGUGUUAAGGAUCAAUCAGAAGGACGAAGACAAAGAAGAAAUGAAGGAAAUAUUAGAGAUGAAGCGCACUCAUCAACGAAUCGUCGCAAAGAGAAAGCAACGCGAGCACGACUUGAAAAACGCAAAAGGCCCCAUUGUACCGGUUGUUCGAAAUUAUCCUCUUAGAAAAUAAGUAAUUGAAUAUCAUUGCAUACGA